GUGUGUUUUUCAGGUAUUCAUACGAUCCUUUUAUGCAGUCUCCCAACGACAACCCCGAGUCAGAAUUGCCGCUCACAGCUGGGGAUUAUGUUCUUGUCUGGGGCGACGUCGAUGAGGACGGAUUUUUCGACGGCGAAUUGCUGACUGGUAGACGGGGUUCGGUGCCUUCGAACUUCGUGGAACGGGUAACCGGGAAUGAACUCUGUGGUUUGCACAAGGCUCUCUUGGCCGGUGUCAUGGACGCCGCCAUGGAUGAUGCCACCAUCAACAACAAGUCCGCCCUGACGAACGGGCUCGUGAGAUCGACACUCUCUUCCGACGCCCUGUCUGAUUUCGAACAAAUGCUGGAUGACGAGAUCGACGCCGACGAUGACGAAGUAUCUGAUGUUCCUGCACCAAGAAUGUUGGUGGUUGAGCGACAGUUGAGCAACAGUGUUUUGAUCGCUUGGGCGGCUCCAGCAGCGACUGAUUCAAGGUCUGUCGAUUGUUACCGAGUGUUUGUGGACGGUGAUUUGCAGCUGACGAUUGGUGCUAAUGAAAGACUCAAAGCCCUUCUUGAAGGCAUUGAUCCAGCGAGAUCGCACCGAAUCAGCAUCAGGUCUGUGUCACUGUCGAAAAUGUCGACAGAGGCGUCGUGCACGAUGCUCGUUGGUCGACGAGUGACGUCAGUGCCGUCUCGGAUCCGCGUGUCGGAUGUGACGAGCGCCUCAGCACUCGUCACUUGGCUCCCUGCCAACAGCAACUUCUCGCACGUCGUUCGUGUCAACAACGUCGAGGUCGGCACUGUCAAGCCCGGCAUUUAUCGACACCCGGUGUCCGGCCUGGCCCAAAACACCGACUACACUGUCAGUGUGCGGGCCAAGCACGAGACGGCGGUGGGUGAAGAGGCCCGAGGCGGAAGUGACGACACCGGAUGUCCGGUGGCCAGCAUCUCUUUCGUCACCUUACCGAAAGGCAGGCCAAAAGUAAGUGACCAUGCUGUUAUUGACCUGAGCUUGCUGAUGCGUGAUGUCAACGUUUCAUCGCCAAAUGCACCCAAGCAAGUCACAGUCAAGACAAAGUCUAAGGAAGGAUUAUCUGGAGACUCUGUCCCAGCUCUGUUGACUUUGCCUUUAGUUCUUGCUGCUUCUGUCACUGCCAACGGACGUCUGCGAAUUGCUAAUUCUGGUUCUUCAAAGGGUGGUUUGGACCAGUCUUUGGGUGACAUGACGGAAAGAUCCGAACUUUCUGACAUAGCUGAAGAGCCGGAAGAAUCUUUGUCGAGUUCGUGCUCUUCAUCGCCUUCAAUGGAUCCGAUUGUCAGUCAACAACGAAACGAGAUAUUCGAAGCCAAUAACCUUCCUUCGCAAUCAGCACCGGGCCAGAAAUCGUCUUCCGGCAGCGGCGCCUCUUCCUCGCCAUCAGCCGCCGCCGCGUUCGGUUCGCCUGACAACGGCGCCGCCAGUGCCGCCGUUUCCACCGAGAAUGUGGCGGAUUUGAGGCGGACUACUCAACGUAGACUGUUCAUUGCCACUUAUGACUAUGACCCGGCUACACAGUCACCCAAUGUGGAUUUCUCUGCCGAGUUGCCAUUCCACCAGGGAGAUUUGAUUACGGUGUGUUGAAAACGA